UACAGAUGAACUGUCCUCCAAUAUGGCCCCAGUUAUUUCAUUGUGCUACUAGUUUGACUGCUGCCGGAGGCUGUGCAUAUUCAAGCUUCAAAACACCCCACUGUGCAUCAGUCCAGUCAUCUGAAGGGCCAAUGCCUUUGGUCUGUUUUUGAAAACAGAACCAGUGUUUUAUUUUUUCAGACUUCUACAGAAGAACCAACACAACAUAAACAGGAUGUCAUGACAACUUGAAAGUCUUUCUUAUUAUUCUCCUUAAAAUAGUUUCUUGAUUCAUUUCCAUCCAUAACUGACAUCCAAAGCUUUCACACAUACAUCAUGAUAUUAUGCUUAAGUUAAGAUUUUACUGCAAGAGACAAUUUCCAUGAGCUCCUGAGGGCAGUCACAUAGAACAUCCAUUGCCCAGUGUUUUCAUUAGCCUCUGGUUAAUCAUCAUCCACUAUCAGAACUGACAUUACCAUAUCGUAUGAGAGAGAAGGUAGCUAAUUAUUAUUGUAUUCAUGAACGAUGACACACUCAGUCAUGUGAAAUGAAUGACAUGGGGCAAAACCUAAGUCAUCAAGCCCUGAAACAAAUAGCUGAUGACAAGUGUGGAAAAGAGGAUCAGGGUCAGCACCACAUCAGAGGGCUGCAGCUGGCACCUUAAUGCUCUCUCACUAUAUGAUAAACCUGUUGGGUGCUGUUGGCCUCUGGACCUAUAAUAAGAGAUGUUUUAAAGAAUAGGACUAAAGAUGGAUUAUCACUGAAACACUAAAGCCAGCAAAGCAGCUGUCUUUACCUAGACUCACUGGACACUUCAGAGAAACACUCAGAGGGGUUGUAAAUUAUAUUUGGCUGUUGAUGUGAUGGACUCAUGAGUGGCUGCUAUUAAAAGAGAGGGAUGGAGGAUCUAGAUGAGCUGAAGCACCCUCUUGUGGAAGAAAACCCCAAUAACACCCAGGCAACUGGGCCAGGACUGGGGCCCAGACCUGGACAGGCUCCAGGUGGGCUCUUCCAGUGCAUCUUGGUUAAGUGCGAGCAGAACAGGGUCUACCCUCCCUUAGCAUGGAGGGACUACUGUGGACAUCCCCCUGAGCUCCAGCAACAGCAGCUACUGGACCCUUGCUCCUUACAUCAAACACUGGAGUCCUUUUAUCCACCGGCCCCCGUCUGGGGCCACGCAGACUCCCUGCUCAGCAAAGACUACCUGGAGACCACCUUUGUGGACAUUCAACCCAGCUCCACACUGGAGAGGAAGCUGCUGGCUGAGACACAGGACUGCCACAGUGCGUCCUACAGCAUGGAUGACGAGGACGACCUGCUUCCUGACUCUGAUGACUCCUCCAUUGAUGACUUCAGUGAUACGGAGAGUGAGAGCGACUUCCCUCUGAUGAUCCCACAGGACCACUUGGGUCUGGCCUUUUUCUCCAUGCUCUGCUGCUUCUGGCCCCUGGGCAUCGCUGCUUUCUACCUUUCACAGAAGACCAACAAGGCAUCAGCUCAGGGGGAUUUUCAGGGGGCCAAUGCAGCAUCUCGCCAGGCUCUGUGGCUCUCAGUGCUCUCCAUUGUGUUUGGAAUCGUAACAUACAUCUGCGCCAUUGCUGUGUUGAUUUCCUACCUGUCUGGAAAGCCACCAUAAAAGCAAUCCUUGCACAAGGAUGCACAUAAAAAACAGACCUACUGUAUCAACAUAAGCCAACGUAUCACUUGUACAUGUAAAGAAAUCGGCCUUUGUUUGUCAGCCAUGUCUACAUUCAUCUUAACAACAUGAAUAUGGAGAAGCAGAGAAUGGACAGUGAAAACACAGCAGGAGAGCUGGUGUAUAGAUCAUAAUCACCUCUCAUUCAAUUAGGACAUCAUUCAUCUCAAAGGACAUUACUAGCACAUGAAGAAAAAUCACUGAGAAAGUUGUUUUUCAGUACCACUCCAUGUAGAAAAUUCUGUCUGUGGGUGUUUUUUAUUUUGUCACCUGUGGGCCUAUGUUAAAAAAAAGAAGAAGAACCAGUGAAAACAGUUGCAGAUGUUAUCAUCACAUUGUAGAUAUCACUGUCACAAAACAAUGGAUGAAUAAUGAGAGGCAGAAGAAGAAGAAGAAGAAGAAGAAGGGUGUGUAGCUCAUCUGCCUGGGAGGAGCCAGGUGGAGGGCGGUAUGCAGAGGAGAUGGAGUCUGCAGAUUUACAGGAUGGUCAUAGCAAAGACAUAAGGACAUGACAGUGGCUAAAUCCUAAUGGACCUUGCUUUGGAGGGCCUGAACCAGCACUGUUGCUUGUGGGUGAAAGCUGAUGAUAGUUUCAGAGCUCUAUUCUUAAACAUAUUCUUUGAACAAAACAGGAAAUUCUGGUGAGAGCGAGCGAGAGAGAUUCUAUUUUCUCCUUCAAAAACAAGGCUGAAAUUCUUGCUUCUUGCAGUGACAAACUUUGUCCAGACAAGCAAAAUAUUUAGCAAAAAGUAGACUGAUCAGACACAUAGUAGUCAGCAGUGUGAUGCAUGCAUCAGCAAAAUCUGAGACAGAGGUUUGCCAUCACCUGCUUCAAGCUCUGAUCACAUCCUGAAAAAGCAACUCUGGCCAUACUGGGUUGAAAAUAAAUGUACCAUUAAAAAAAUAACUGUAAGGUAAAAGCCAACAUUUUCUUUUUACUGGCAUAGUUUUUAUUGAGUUCAGUUAAACUUUAAAUAAAUCACACUUCAUUUUCUGUCAGCUCCCCCAUGCUGAUCCAGCUGCACACAUUGACUCGCACCAAUCUGACAAUCCUGACCCAUCCUGUCUCCACUGGACAUUUAUGUCAAUGAAAAAAUUACCAUUUGUUGUUAGAGGGAGCAUUUAAUGUGGUUUGCCUUGACUGAUCGUGUUAUGAGACACUGUAUGGUCAGAUCUGUCUCACUUUCCAUACAAAUAAUUGCUGGACACAGUGAAGUGGACUGCUCCUGAGUUGAUAAAGGUCAAAGGUUCUGGCAAAUGAGAUUUGUUAGUACAAGACAUAUUGAGUUCUUUCCCAGUU